AUGAGGGCCACAACCGAGGAAGCAGCGCCCCACCUGGCUCCCCGGGCUGAGAGGCCCCGAAUUGAGGGCGCACCCUGCAGAAUCACGCUCCUCUGGCCCUGUGCUCAGGGUAUGACAUCAGUGUAGGGAGCCUUGGCCGGGUUGCCUCUAGGACCCAGACCCGGUCACACUGAAUCAGAGGUUGCCAGGCCCUGGUUCCCUGGACUGCCUCGUCCUGGGUUCUCCCAUCGCUAGGAAUGUUUUACUGGUAACAAUACUUGAGUUGAGAAGAUCCAUGCUCAUCCUACGCGAUUCAGCCCCAUUCAGACGUCUAGGUGGCUUACCAAGCAUUGCCGGGGAGAAUCUUAUAUCACUUGAAAAAUUGACUUCAUGAAUGGAUAAGCCCAUGUAUCAUAUACUGAGAACUAUCACCUAAAAUACCAUGAAGUGAAAGCCAAUUCAGUUAUGUUUGAAGAACAUGUAGAAAUUUGUUUGUAUUAUAUACUUAUUCAACAAUCAUUGAGCUCCUAAAAUGUGCCAUAUCCUGUGCUUAAAGUCUAUAGUUAAAAGAAUAGGAGCCAUUCAUUCUCUACAAUUUCUAUACCAUACCUUAAUUAAAAUGCCACGAAGCUAUACCCUGAAAUUGGAGACCAGAGCAUUGGGGGCUGUGCAAAUCAUGAACGGCCUGAUUUACAGUGCAUUGGGGUUUCUCUGUUUUGCAUUAUUUCUCGAAGAAGAGGAGAGAAAACAUACUGGUUAUAUCCCUGUCGUGGUUACACUAACUUACAUAUUUUGGUCAUUGCCAUUUUUCAUCUCCUCGGGAUCCACCAUCAUAGGAGCACAGAAGCGUCCCACAAAAUACAAGCUUAUUUAUAGCCUUGUUAUGAACAUCUUAAGUGUCUGCUUUUCUAUAGUUGGUACAAUAAUAUUAAGCAUUGCAUGUUUCACGUAUCAUGCAGACACCAACGAAUACGUUUGGACACAUAUGGCUGGUAGUAUGCUUUUACAAUAUUUACUCUUCAGCACCAUCACGGAAGUGAUCUGUGCAUGCAUAACUAUCAGAUGGAUUGUAGUAGCAUUGAGUCAUCCAGAAUACAGUGAAAAGAGUCCUUCACUGUCAGAAUCCAGUGUCUCCAUCAAAGGACCAGCAUGACUCCAGUCAAGAACAAAACAUCAACUUAAUUAGUGAAGAACUGUAAUUUUUUUCAAGAGGGCUCAUGGAAAAGACAUGCUAAUGAAGUCCUUUCUGGUACACCUUCUCCCUACUUCUUCAAUAAAGGAUGCAAUUUGAUCACAA